AUGUUUCGCCGCCUUCCAGCUGGUCUGCCAGCCGACCCUGUCUUUCCUGCCGAUCUAAAGAAACUUGGUUAUUAUGUGGCUCCAAACGACGAGAUCCGCAGCACCAGCAAUCCCAAGGCGUACUUCAAAUACUUCCUCACCAGAAAUGAUCGUCACAAUGCUAUGCAACGAGAGGCAAUGAAUGGAGCGAUCCGCAACAUCAUUAGUGAACGUCUGGAAGACCUAGGUCUCGAAAAGCUGCUCCUUCCUCUCGGUGCAAAGCCGAACGAACCCAGUCUGCCAAUAUUCAUUUCCCGUGAUCUACCCAUUAAAAAGAGAGUGGUGAUUCUUUUCUACGAACACGAUCAAGAUCUAGGAGUACUUGCCUACCGCAUCAUUGGUGGAAAAGGUGGUAUCAAUGAAGGAUCCGCUGUCAAUCUGGUCAAAUACAUCCAAGCACAACGUACAUCCCCCGAAGAUGCCUCGUCUCCCGGAAUCAUUCUCGCGAAUAUGGGACAACUCAGAUGGUCUCAUCUUGCCAAAAAGGCCAUGACACAACCCAUAUGGCUAGCACUCCCCCAGAAAAGUGCAGUCGAGGCACCGUACCGAUUUGACGACGAAGCGAAUUCCAUUCCUGAAAACCGUAAUACUGGCGAGCAUGUUGAGUAUAUUUUCUACACCGUGGUUCAGAAGUUGUGCCAUCCUGCUGCAAAGCUAGAUAUCAUUGGGGUGUCCGAUGGCGCUGUUCAGGUAUUCCAGUUCCUGGACGACUUCACCAAUUUUACAACGUGGGCACCUCGAGUGUCGGCUUUUGCAGCCGUAGCUUGUUGGUGUCGGGCCAAGGACAUAAGAAACGACGAUUUUGCACAUUGGCUCAUGGAUCGUGGCAGAGCAUAUGCAACCUCCGACAAACUUUGCGGUCUCUUUCUCGCUGGUCCAAAAGGCAAGAAACACCUCCCUGGACACGGCUGUCCUGUAUUCAGUCUCGGCGAACCACACUUUUCCGAGAUGAUGUUGCCGAAGGGAUAUAAAGUCAUCAUCGACUGGUUCCAAGAAGUCGCGGGGGAUCCUGACUAUGCGAAUCCGGAGAUGCGGAAUGAGACGCGUGAUAUGAAUGGUAAUAUUGUGGAUAGCGAUGAUGAAGAUGAGCCUGAGGAUCGGAAAGGUUGGAAGGCGGAGGAUUUUGAGGAGUGGGUUCCGUUGGAUGAGCAGAAGGGGGUUGUGUUGGAGGAGAUUAAGGGCGAGGAUGAAGAGAGCAAGGUCACCUUGGACACCAAGGAGAAUGUUCCUGAUAACGCACGUACCAAGGGUCUUCCCAUAUUAUCCAAGAAAUCUGAGGAGAGCAAGGAGAUGCCGGAAGGGAAGGGGGGAGAGCAAGAGGAGAAAGAGGUUCAGCCAGUCGUUAAGGAGAUUGCUGGAAAUGGAGCCGAGGAUGGUGCUUAG